AUAUCAUGACAAUAACAUUUACAAUUUUGAAUCGUAUCUAAUCCCAUUGUGCAACAGUGCUUUUUAUCACUAAUAGUAAUUUACAAUGGUUUUUCUAUCGAAAUGAAUUUCAAAUAUUACGAAGAUUGUAACUGUUCGGCGUUGUCACAAUUAACAGUCUAACCUCAAUUGGAGACAGCCGCACGUUUGUCAAAUUAGCUUGGAAUAAUUAGUAUCGUUAGCGAAAUACUAAGAAAUGAUUAUUGCAUUAUAAAAUGUCAUAUCAGGACUCGCCAUUUUCAACUAUGUACGGUCAAGACGAUUACGAUAUUGACGAGGACAAUGAUGAAUAUUUGGAAGACGACAGGGAUGGUGAAGAACAAGAUGAAAGCGACGAAGAUACAGAGGAGGCAAGCGAGACGGAUCUUGGCAAGUCUGAAGAGUAUACGGAAAUAAAGGAGCAAGUUUAUCAGGAUAAGUUAGCUAGUUUUAAGAAACAAUUGCAGCAAUUAAAGGAUGGCACGCAUCCAGAGUACAAUCGCAAAUUGAAGCGCUUGGAAGCUCAGUACAAAGAAAGAUUACGGUUGAACAUAAUUUACCGUGAUUAUUUGACAGAAUGGGUAGAACGGGACUACAUAUUGGAAAAGAAAGCGGCGGUAAAGGAGUUUGAGGAAAAAAAGAUAGACUUGAAGGAAAACUUGCUAACUGAUAUGGAAGAGAAACGUAAGAUGAUCGAAUCUGAUCGGCACACGAUGGAACUCACAGGCGAUUCAAUGGAGGUAAAACCUGUAAUGACAAGGAAAUUACGAAGACGACCAAACGAUCCUGUACCUGAGAAAGUAGAAAAACGAAGGAAACCACCACCUGCGCAAUUAAACUAUUUGUUAGACGAGAAAGAAAUAGAAAGCGAUUUAAAAGCUAUUAGUCGCGGUAAAGUACUGACCACUGUCAGAAAACCAGCAGUAUUGCCACAUUACAACGCAGUAAACAUGCCUUCGCAACAUAUUCCACCGCCUUCUGAUACGCCUAUGAUAGAGACUAGGAUAGAGGAUGGAAAACUUCUACAUGAAAGACGAUGGUUCCAUCGCGGGCAACCAGUGUAUGUAGAAGGGAAAGAUUUAACCAGGUUUGCUGCGAAUAUUUCGGCGAUAGGAACUGAAGCUAUCUGGGUUAAAAAAGUUUCGGAUGGAAGCAAGGUGCGAAUAUAUAUAUCUCAGCUAAGCCGAGGAAAGAUUUCGAUCAAAAGAAGAGCAUCCUAAUCCAUCGUUACAUUGGGAUUUAAGUGUUCAAUAAUUGUUAAACUUGUGAUAUAUUAGACUUGUAGUUUAUUGAAGUUCUAUUUUCAGGAUUCAAUAUAACUCUUACUGUACUUGUUUUUUGCCACCAAUAAAACCAGAUCUUCUGAUGA